GAACCCGAUCGAAACCGUAUUCCGUCGAAUAAUCUGGCUAAUACAAAAACUAUCGACGGUGACGACAACGACGACGACGACGACGCCGAGCUGCGAUGGUCCGCCGCAUCCGUCCGCGGUCUGACGGGAAAACCGGCGUCGCCGGAAACGUCCAUUAUCCUAGCGCGACGGUACUCGCGCACUCGUGCGUUCCGAACACCGCCGGAACCGCCGGAAGGCUACAUCCACGAGCAUUAUAGUCCGGGAACUAAGAGGAAACUGCUGCCGAGUAUCCUGCGUAAGCUCGACGACAAGUGGAAGAAAGCAGCUAGCAGGAACGGCAAAAAGUCGACGGCGACUGAUAGCGCGUUAUCUCCGCCUCUAAUAGAUAACGGUACCGCUUCGAGUUACGUAGCAUCAAUACCGGGACGAUACGCUCGCGGCAACGAUGUGAGUGAUGCCAGACGAAACGCUGCCAAAGAACCAUCCAAAGAACGUCGAUUCAAGACCAAAUACAGUCCGCCGCCACCGCCUCCGUCUCCGCCGCAGCCACCGCAGCGAUUGCCGCGCCGGCCGCACUCGUCCGUGCCGACCUUUACCGGCGACGUAAAGACGAAUAGUCGCGUAACGGGCGUCGGGCGCGCUUCUCCGUUCAUUGACGAAAACGAUUCGGUGGGCGACGACGUAAUGUUGUUCCGCGUGGGUGUGAAACUGAAAGAGAGGAUCGUGGUGGGUCUGAGCGUCGCGGUCGUGGUGUUUACCCUGGUGCUGAUCGUCGACCUGAGGAUGGACCUGGGACUCUCGCGUAAACAUCUGGUGCCGUCGCACGGCAAGGUUCGGUACGUGGUCGACGGCGGUACCGCCGCCUACGACGGGUUCAGGAACAGGCUACUCCAGAAUAGACGCGGCGGUGGCGGCGCCGGGAACGUGUCGAAAGAAAGUGUUCCGAGCGAGGGCGCCGCGCUACGGGGGGCGUCCAAAAAGACGUCGGCCGACGACCCGCUCGACCGCCAGGAAGUAGUCGAUUUCGAUGAUUUCAGCGACCUGAUGGAUUACGUGGCGCUGGGCGACGCCGAAAAGGAAAAAUACCGAAUCGACGUGGGGCGCGUGAACCCCGUUAUUCGCAAAGACGAAGCGGACGCGCGGAGAGCCUCAGGUGUCACCCUCGGGACGCUGAAGAAGUUCCCCAACGAGAAAAACGCCACCACUUUGGAAAAGUUCCACCGGCAAAUUUCCAAGUACGAAUUAUACGGGAAAGAUAGUUCGCUGGUUGACCAACUGAUCAACGAGAUGCGCACUGAGCCCAUUCUCCACGUCGCCCAAAAGUCCGGGGGCACUCAGUUGAAGCUGAUCAUUGAUUACCCCAACGAUCUGCAGGCGCUGUUCAAACCGAUGAGGUUCCCGCGGGAACAGCAAACCCUGCCCAAUCACUUUUAUUUCACGGAUUACGAGAGGCACAACGCCGAGAUUGCCGCCUUCCACCUCGACAGGUUGCUGGGUUUCAGGCGGGCGAUGCCGGUCACGGGCCGGGUCGUCAAUAUAACGAGUGACAUAUACCAGAAAGCGGAGGGCGACCUGCUGAACACGUUCUUCGUAUCGCCCAGCGAUAACCUCUGCUUCCACGGGAAGUGUUCCUACUACUGCGAUACGUCGCACGCCAUUUGCGGAAACCCCGACACGCUCGAGGGCAGUUUCGCCGCUUUCCUGCCGUCCGCCAAACUCGCUCCGACCAAGGUGUGGCGGCACCCCUGGCGUCGUUCGUACCAUAAACGUCGGAAAGCCCAGUGGGAGACCGACCCCAACUACUGCCAGCUAGUCCGGGACAUCCCACCCUACGACAAGGGUCGGCGCCUGUUCGAUCUCAUGGACAUGUCUAUUUUCGAUUUUCUAACCGGAAACAUGGACCGACACCACUACGAGACCUUUAGGUUAUUCGGCAACGACACGUUCACCCUCCAUCUGGACCAUGGUCGCGGGUUCGGCAAGCCAUUCCACGACGAAAUCUCCAUCUUGGCGCCCCUGCUCCAGUGCUGCAUGGUGCGGCAGCAGACCCUCGAGACGUUGCUCAAGUUCCGGAACGGGCCAACGAGGCUCAGCCAAGCGCUGCGGGCGAGCAUGGCCUCGGAUCCGGUGGCGCCCGUGCUCUGGGAACCCCACCUCGAGGCCCUCGAUCGCCGGCUGGAAAUCGUCCUCAAAGCGGUCAGGGAUUGCCUCCAAAAAGGCGAGGAUCCCAUCUCGGACGACGUCAAAGCCGACGAGUCUUAGUACCCCCUCCCGCAUCCCGUGACCGGCGUACAUACGGCGUGGUUCGUGUUGGACACGACGUUGAGAAAAAGUGUCGCAAAUGCCCAAAUUUUUAAACUUUUCGGGUUCCAAAAAUUGACCAAAAAUGUCCCAAGCGUGGAAACUGGUUAAGCACUCUUUGUUACAACUGACAUUUUAUUAAUUUCAAAAUUCAAAGGCGGAAAAAAGUUACAUCGAAAAAACUUUUUCAAAUAGUUUUGCUUGGACUUAUUUAAAGUCAACGGUGUGAUUCGACGUUAAAAUAAAAUCAAAUAAAAGAGCCGGUGAAAUUAGCCAAGAAUCGCAUUUUUUCGUUGUUCUUUUUACUCUGGAAAACCAUCGCCCUAUUUUACAAUUAUUUUAUAGUUCUAUUUUAUAUUUGUGAUUUAUUUUAAUGGCUGUAGAGACAAUAACUGUUUUUCGUUUGAAUCCAAAGUUUAUUAAUUAUCGAUAUUACCGUCUAAGUUCGUUGAUUCCUUUAAAUUUAUUUAACGCGCGCUACUGAUAUUCGAGUUAUUCCUAGUCGUUCGUUCGUACCGCACGGUGUGUAAAUAAAUCGAUGUGCAAAAAGGGCGUCUGUAAAUAAAUAAACCGAAUGAAACGUUUUUUGUUCUUUAUUUUGUCGAUAUAGGGAUGAUCUGUAUAUUUAUAACUAUGUAAAGAUUUAAUAUUAAACGAAAUAUACCAAAGUUGACUGUUAAAAUGUGAUCAAUCAAUAAAUGAAGAAUAAAUUCUAAUUGAA